GGGGUUGGGGGAGGCCUGCAAACGCGUGGGUUUCCCUCUCCUCAGGGGUCAGGGAGUCUGUCUGAGGAAGGGCUGCGAGCGCUUCCCUCCUGACGGAAAGGCUGCCGAGUUUCCUGCAAAAGCUGACUGGGGUUUCCCCCCGGCGGCCCUCGGCCCUGCCUGGGCAUGUCUGGCCGCGAAAAUAACCACGGCGGCCCUGAGGUGAACGGCGCCGGUGGAUGGGGUUGCUCCGGGAGCUCGCCUUUUCGGGGGGAGCAACGGAAACUAGAUAAAUACUUGAGCUACGUGGAUGAUAUAACCUGUAAACGGCAAUUUUCCUCCUCCUGCUUCUUUCAUAGCUGCUUUUCUUCUGAAAUAUUGAAUGUUUCCAUUUCUUUUUCUCAGCUUUUUGGAGAGAAAGAUGAGUGAAGUGGAUGUUUAAAAAUAAUGGAUGUUUUCAGAUCUUCUUGGACACUGGGAGAUAGCCAAGCUUCCCAAGUACUCCUUGGAAAUAAGCACAAACAGAGGAAGUCCGACAGCUGGACAGACAGCUCAAAUAGCUUCUCCGACCUGAAUGCAGGAGGGAGAGGAAGUCUAGUUUUCAAAAGUAUCCAUUUUUGGUCAAAUCCAAAAUGCCCUAAGAGGAGCAGGAGCAUUGCUCAGGCACUUCCAGGCCAUGUGAUGUUUCCUGUUUGGCUUCUAGGCUGUAAACAAUGUGCAAGACCCCUUAGCUGCUUUCUAGUCCAUGAGAGUUCAGAGGUACAAAAUAAAAAAACAAGUCUCUUUGCAAAGACUUAAGUAAUUUCUCAGUAGUCCUAGAUGACUCACAAAAGCAAGGAGAAGGCUUCCAAGCAUGUAUAGAAGUGGAACAGAAUCAUCUUCUCCAGACUGAUGCUUGUAAAAGAUACAAAGGUUCUGUGUGGUCAGCAGUGAUGUUUGUCACAUUUCUUUCCAUUAGUUUUCCUACUUCAGUCUUAAACUUUCUGUGCAGCACCCAGCAACAGACCUUUACAGACGCAUUAGAAUGCAUAGCCAGGUUGCAUUGUCCUUGAUAAAACUUCAUAUUACAGCUUUGUUUUCCUAGUUAUACUACCCAGAAUUUGUUUACCUUUUAUGCAGGAGAUCAGAGGCUGCAUGUACAGUUAAUAUACAGAAAGCGUGACUAUGAAGGGUUUCUGUGUUCUCUGCUGUUACCUGCGGAAUCUCGAACCUCUGCUUUAGCCUUGAGAGCCUUCAAUGUGGAACUGGCUCAGGCAGAUUAAAGACUCCAUAACUCAGAAGACUACGGGUUUGAUGCGAAUGCAGUUCUGGAGGGAGGCUGUGGAAGAUAUAUACUGCGACAACCCACCACAUCAGCCAGUUGCUACAGAGCUGUGGAGGGCUGUCAAGAGGCACAACUUGACUAAAAUGUGGUUCAUGAAGAUCAUUGAUGAAAGAGAGAAAAAUUUGGAUGAUAGAGCGUACCGUAACAUCCAGGAGCUUGAAAUGUAUGCUGAGAACACUCAGAGCGCUCUCUUGUACCUCACCUUGGAAAUGCUGGGUGUGAGGGACAUCCAUGCUGACCAUGCAGCCAGUCACAUUGGGAAAGCGCAAGGCAUAGUUACCUGUUUAAGAGCAACUCCCUAUCACAGUACAAGACAAAAGGUCUUUCUUCCCAUGGACAUUUGUAUGUUGCAUGGAGUUUCACAAGAGGAUUUCAUAAGAGGCAAGCAAGAGAAAAAUGUGAGAGAUGUAAUUUAUGACAUUGCCAGCCAGGCCCAUAUUCAUCUAGAACAUGCUAGGUCUUUCAGUAAGAAAGUUCCUGUGAAGGCAUACCCUGCUUUUUUCUGUACGGUUGCUUUAGAUGAUUAUUUAUGUAAUAUGCGAAAAGUGGACUUCAAUAUAUUUCAUCCAAGUUUACAAAAGAAGAGUACGUUAUUACCACUGCAUUUAUAUAUUAGAUCUUGGAAAAAAACAUAUUAAAGUUGGUUUUCUUUU